UGAUUAGAGUUGUCAAUAGUGUCGGUCACAAAGGGAAGGUGAAUUGAGGCUGUGACACCCGUCAAGUCACACACACACCACCGAGAACGACAACAGACCGAUCAGAGACAAUUGCAUAAACCAGAGGGGUAAUAAGAAUAAGCUCGGUUUGGAGUUUGGGGUGUGACCAAGGUAAAAGCAUGCAUGAGACUUCUUCAUGAAAAAAUCCGUUGGAAAAUUUGAAAUGGAAACAUGAAUACUAUUCAAGCGAAUUUAUUUGGAGACUGUUUGGUCUUGUUCUAAUCUUGGGAAUUAACAUUUGGAAUACCUCGCCAUGGAAACCCCACCAACAGAUGCGAUGACAGAUAUACGGCCUCAACCCAGGCCAGAGGUUAUAGAGCGUCGGUUUACACGGCUGAAGAGCAACAUGCAGAGUGGACCCGAUCAGAUCCUGCGCAUGGAUGGCCUCAGCAUAGAGGAAAAAUGGCGAAUCAUCAAUGAUGAGCCGUCGAUGAAGUCGUCGUUACACGAUGUCAAGUAUUACAGGACGCAGCUUGAAGGCCACAUUGAACCGAGCAUCCACCUCGAGGCCACCCUGAAGAAGUCGUCAUGGAAGAAGGCGGUGAAGGUCCUCGCCCCCGUCAAGGAAGUCAUCGAGGACCUCAAAGAAGACCUCCACUCCGCAAAAACCGAUUUCCUCAAGGCCUUCAUCUCAGAAAAAGUAGGUGGUGUCCUGCUGCUUUCUAAAUUCCUGAGCCAAACCCAGGAGUUGAUAGAGAAGGACAGGAACCAACAGAAUGCCAACAACUCAGCAUCGAUCCAGUCAGCAGGUCGCACCUCAACGCUGGAUAAAAAACUACUCAAACUUCUUGAAAACAUCAAACGCACAACAGUGGAAGAAUCAGACGCAAUGAAUUGCUUGCGAAAAAUAUCUGAAGACAAGGAGGGGCUAGCGAUCAUUAUGACAGCACCAGAGGUGUUAGAAAUAAUCACAUCCUGUAUAGUCAGUAGAUCUCUAUCAGCUCGGCUCUAUGCUUUCAUGGUUUUGAUCGCAGUUUGUGAAUCAAGAGACGGUCUGAACCGAGUGCUUACCGCCUUGACUAAGUUCCGAGUGAAGAUCCGUGAGAAGGUCCGCUUCUACGCCGUCACUCAGAUGAUUUUCCUGGAGAAAUCGAGGGUAGAACUGGUGACGAUUUGUCUUCGAUUUAUCAACACGAUGCUUAGUUCUACCACGGACAUGAAUAGACGAGUCUACUUGCAAUAUGAGCUGGAGAUGGCCGAGUUCAAUCCAAUCAAAUUAGAAAGGAUAUAUCGUCUGGAAGGCGAAUUGCCGCCAUCGAUCAAAUUGGAGUUAGACGCAUGGCACAGUCGUUACAUCAGUAUUCAAAGACUUCAAGAAAAUCUAACGACAAUCGAGACAAGGAACGCUCUGUUGAGAAAAGAGGUUGACCGACAAGGAUCUCGCAUGUCAGACUACGAGUAUGAGAACAAGGCGUUACAAACCAAAAUUCUAGAUCUCGCUUCAAGGUCAGAUGACUACAGGGACAGGGUCAACGAACUCCAAGACACCAUCGAAAAAUUGACGAGGGAAUACACCAAGAAGACAGGGCAGCAUGCGGAGAAACAGUUCAGCAACUUCAACAGCCUGAUGAAACCUCUGGAACCCGAACAGGAGGGCGACGAGGUGACCGUCAUCAUCGAACCUCAGAAGACCGGGGAAAGGAAACUCGAGAGGAAGAAGUCGGUCCUCGGUGACAAGAAGAAAGAAAUUGUGAUUUCCAAGCCCGCAGCGAAGAAGAAGUCCCAGGCACCGCCCCCUCCCACACCGCCACCCACCCCUGAAAUACCAUCCAGCCCAAGCAAACCAGGCGUGCCCGGCGUGCCCUUGCCUCCGCCUCUAAUGGGAACCAUGAGGAAGAAUAGGAACCGACUGAUGUCCAAACAUGCCUUGCCAAUGCUCAACUGGAACACCAUCAAAACACCAGGAAAUACAAUUUUCAAGGUAUUGGAUGACGAGAAUGUCUACGAUGAGUUGGACUUCGAGGACUUUGAGAAUCAUUUUAGAUUAAAAGAAGCCUCGGCGUCGACCGCGACGAUGGAUAAACUUAGAAGAAUUCAGGAGAAAGAAGCGCUGAAGGUCCGGGUCGUCGGCGACAAUCGCGCCAAAAAUCUGAUCAUCGCACAACGUCGGAUCGGGUUAGCUCCGAAGGAUAUCCGAGGCUUCGUCGAUCGCUGCGACACCACAGGUGUGCCCGGGGAAUAUGCCGAAAUUCUCCUCAACUUCGUUCCUACAAAAGAAGAGCUCAAGAAACUGGCAAACAAUGCAGAUAAAUAUGAGGAGAUGGGAGAGGCAGAACAGUUUAUGUUCCAGAUGGCUAGGGUGGACCGAUACGAAUCGAAGCUGAGGUUAAUGACCUUUAUGGGCAUCUAUGGCGAGCUGGUAGUCACACUCAAACCAGAGAUACAAGCGAUCGUCAAAGCAUGCGAUUCCAUCGUUACAAGUGGGAAACUAAAGAAACUACUCGAGAUUGUUCUAGCGUUUGGUAACUACAUGAACAGCAGUAAGAGAGGACCCGCCAUCGGAUUCAAGCUUGAAUCACUACAAAGGUUGACGUUCGUGAAGUCAACGGAUCGUAGUCAUAACUUUCUCCAUUACCUGGUCGAGGCGGUCAACCGAUGUUACCCUGACAUCAAGGACUGGUACAACGAUCUCCAGUUCGAUGAUCUCAAGUCAGGAUCUCUGGAAGCUCUGACAAUAGACAUCCAAGGACUACGUAAAGGCCUGGAGCUUGCCAAGUUUGAACGGGAAAGACAGAUGAACAACCCUGUCAUUGGACAGUUCUACAUAGGCGCAGCGGACACCAUCCACGCCCUCUCGGAGGGUUUCAAGAAGAUGGAAGAGAUCUACCAGUACACCUGCAAGAUGUUUGGUGAGAAUGCCGACCAUGUCGAGCCUGUCAACUUUUUCAAGCUCUUCAAGGGUUUCAGAGACCAGUAUCGGGCUGCUGAAAGAGCGAACAGUAAACAACCAAUUGAAGUAGCUCCCAAACGUAAACCAGCCAAGAAAAAGGACUCUUCCAGCACCAAGCAAUUCGGCCUUCCGCAAGAACUACCUUCCGCCGGCGUCUCGGGUCGUCUCGGGCUCUUCCGGCGCUCGACCCAGAACAAGGGCUCAUACGAGGUCAAGACCAAACCAUCACAACAGACAUCGUCAGCGCUGCCGUCGCCCGACGAAUCGUCAACGAAUUUGAGACGGGAUUCACCGUCGUCCUCCGACUCGGGCAUUGCAUCAAUGGCGUCAUCGGGCGAUAGCGGUUCAACGCGAAGCAUUCCGUAUGUGACAGUGGACGGCAACGAUUCAUCGAAGACUGGAGGGGUCGUCAUGACUGCCAACGGACAUGAACAUAAUAAAACGCAGACGACCGGUGCGGAAGGCGGAGACAAUGCCGGUGACGGGAAUUCGAAUUUCUGGGGAUUAUUCAGCGGACUGAAGUAAAUAACUCCAGUAAAAGCUAGAACCCAUUCUUAUACUUGAGCGUUAUCUUACGGAGAUGUAAACAUGAUCUACUUUGUUUCCAGAUAACACUAUUCUGCACCCAUUCAGCAGGAAAGAGCCAGUGUUCAUUUCUGCUUCUUUACAUAAGGCCAUUCCUUUAAUGGAAGACUGUGACGUCUCACUUGUAUUCUUUGCUCAAAAUGAUGGACAGAGGCACUAACCGUGAAAGGUUCAUUGUGAAAUCGAAAAAGAAUUAUUCCAUGUAAUGAUGGUCCUGCUUCAAUUGUGGACUUGAUCGUUCCUGGCACUAUGAAGACUUUACAGUCAAGUUGUAUGAUUAAAGACUUUAAAGAUACAACUUUGUAUGAACGUAGAAUAUAUAAAGUAUUUAAAAAGUAAAGUAUUUAGGUCGAUAACUUCCGAUUUUCAAAGCUUUAUUUUUCUAGUUGUCAGAGAGCUGUUAUAUACUCCUCUGACGGAAAUUUAAGUAGCAUAUACUUGAAAUUAUUGUAAUCUAUGGCUAAUAAGCCUCCUUUGAUAUAUAUUUCAUCUAUUUCAUUUUUCACUUCCGACAGGGUCUUUAAAGAUAUAAAAGAUUGCUAUGUUUUAGUAUGGAAAAUAGUUGAGAGUGAGAGAAUAAGAGAGAGAGAGAGAGAAAGAGAGAGAGAGGGGAGAGAGAGAGAGAGAGAGAGAGAAAUGGGAUGGGAGAGAGAGAGAGGGAUAGAGAGAGAGAGAGAGAGAGUAAUUGAGAUAAAUCAAAUUUGGAUGGAAACAGGAUCCCAUAUAAUGAUGCAUUCAGAUUAGUUUUUAUAUGAUCAGCAUAAUUCUUUAAAAAGAAUAUUAGGGAUAAAAGGUUUGGUUCAUUUAAAGACAUAAUCUCUUCCUGAAAAGUAAUAAUGGUAGGUGUGAUCAAUCAUGUAUCUUUUCUCUUUUUUAAAUAUAUAUUGACCAAUGGCCAGCUAUGAGUCGAGUGGGAGAGGGGGAAAUGUGAGAGGGUGGGAGGGAGCCAACAUAAAAAACACGACCCCCUACGGUCCUACCAAAAGACUUCCUCCAUAUAAGCCCUCCAUUCCUUACUCAUACGAUUGCCAUAUUGUAUCGCAUUUCACCUAUAUAUUACUUAGUAAAACGUUUACCCCCAAUCGGCUCGCCUAUAUAGCUGAGACGUUGAGCCGUACUUAAUUAUUUCAAAUUCAUUUUGAAUAUGUGUAUUCCACAAUCAUAAGAUGAUGUCACCUAGUCGAUUGCUAGUUUUGAUUUUCAAGGUUUUAGAUUUCGAGUUUUUCACUCCUUAGACAAACACUCACAAUGGCAUUUAAUCUAUACUUUUGUAACCUAUGGCUUGUAAUAUUUCCUUUGAUAUAUAAAAUAUAGGCCCCAUGGAAGACCACUACUUAUUGGUGAAUGGGCUACACUGACAAAGAUUAGAAAUACAUUUAAAAAAAUCAAAAACAAAAAUCAUCUAAUCCAUUUUUCACUUCUGACAGGGUCUUUAAUGACAGGACCCAAUCUUGUCACUGAUUUAAGCUAAUCCCUAGAAGCAAUUUACGUCAUACCCUGUGAGAAAGCAAUUGAAAACAUAGGUAAUUUACAAAAUGGCCCCAGGAUCUAAAUCAUUUUUUCAUGAACCGUUUCUAUAUCUUUAUCCAUUUAAGGGGGGCCCCGAAUUUUCAUCACGGAAUUUACUUUAAUAAAGAAGCCACUUAGAAUUAUAGAUAUUUCGCUGUAUUGGUAAAUUAAAAUCUAGAUAGUAUGAUUUUGGGUCAUAAAAAAACGUGUAAAUGAAUCAUUACAUUAUAUCAUAUGUAGAAAAUGAAUAUUAUGAUAACGGUACGAAGUUUACACGUAGGUAUUAGUUUUGAAUAAACGAUGUUCUAAUCAUUAAUGUUGUGCUUCGUUUAAAAUAGAUUGUAAUAAUUGGUAUGUCUUCCUUUCAUUCAAAACAGUAAUAGAAAAUAUCUGAUUAUGUAUAUUUACAAAUGCAGUCAUUUUAUUUUGUUUAAUUAAUUUUGCAAUGUACAUCGCCAUUUACAGAUAGAUAUGAGGGAAAUAGAUAUAGUAUAUUUCAAACUUAAUCUUCUUAUGCUGGGCAGUAUUUUUGAGAUAUUGUAAAUAUUGCUAUAAAUAAUGUUAAACAAAGAGUAUAAAGAGAAUUUUAUAAACCUAAUAUCACUACUUUAUAUUUAUAAGUACACGUGAUGGUAUAUUCUGAACAUUUCCUAUUGGAAAAGGGGCAUUGUAUUCACAUAAAUUCAAUUUGCGUUCCUUUUUGCAAUUUUCUUUGAAAAAAAAACGUCUAGCGAUUUGAUUUCUAAAAUAUAGUCAUGUUUUCUCAGUAGAUAUAUCGGUCUGAGAAUUUUGCCGCUAAACACAUACAGAUGGGAGGCAAUAUCAGUGUAUGCAUAGUUAUAUCAACACCCCUUGCUUUAAAAUAUUUUCUCAGUGAUUUAAUGUUUAAUUCACCGAGGUUUCAUUCUUUUAAGUCAAACGAAAACCACUCUUUCUGUUAUUGACGUUAUCACCAUGAUUUAUUACUAUUAUUUUUUUGGAGAUAUAUCCUGAUACAAUCAUUAUGCUUAAGAGAUUGUAAUGUUGAUUUAAAAACAAACAGAAUAGUUAAUACAAAUGGCAUCGUAUUAAUAAAUAAUAAUAAUAAUAAUAAUAAUAAUAAUAAUAAUCACCAUACAGAGAUUCCGCAAAUUCUGACAAUCUCUGCAUUACUUUUAUAAUGCAUUCCGUUGUGAUGUAUCACAAAUAUAUCUUGAUUGUCAGAAGUCGAAGAUCAUUAUUAUUCAUAUUUGCAAUUUUGAUCUUUUUUGUAGCAAUCGAGUCGGUAUGCCAUCUGCCAAUAAACACCACUGACAGUUUGAUAACAGGUGUAUUUAAAUGGCUUUUUUUUAAACUUCAGCAAAUGUAUUCUACAUGAAAUUGACGUACUUGUACAUUCCCUUUCAUCAUGAGUGUUUCAAAUCUUUUGAUUGUUUAUAAGCUCGUUUCUAUGACAACACUCUUUGGAACAGAAAUGUAUUCUAAUUCGAGUCUAUGAGUCAGAUUUAUUAUCGAAUACAUGUAGGGGCCAAUAUUUACUAUUGGUAACGACUGGUUUAUUAUCAACGCAAAACUAAUUUGAGCAAAGAUAAUCAAGUACGGCUAUAAAUUCUUUAAAGAGUAUAUAAUUCGAAUAUGAUGCCAUGCCAAAAUAAACGGUAAUAUGAAAACU